AUGAGCGACAACGUACUGGUCGAAGUUGCAAUGAAUUACGUCAGUGAAGUAUGCGAGGUCAUGAGUCGUGAUGACCGGCGCUUACUAAUUGACGCAUUUUCAAAAUACGUUUCUUCAAGUAUUAGUUAUGAAAAAGCAAAAGCAAUUCUUGUCGAUGUUUUAAAUAACCCAACUCCUCUUGACAAACUAUGUGAAAUUAUGUUUGUUUCAGAUACUCCUUUGCCUCCUGUUGAUGAAAUGGACUCAGAAUCUGGAAGUCGAAGAAAAAAGACAAGAACAUGGUCUUCAGAAGAGGAUCAUCGACUUAUUAUGGGUGUCUACAAAUAUGGCGUCGAUAAUUGGAAUUCAAUAGCUUUAUUUGUCGGCCAUUCAAGGUCAAGAUCUCAGUGCAGCCAAAGAUGGAUUAGAGUAUUGGAUCCACAUAUUUCGAAAUCUCCAUGGUCAGAAUCAGAGAACCGUCAACUCCUUUCUCUCGUUAAGAAAUACGGCACUAAAAUGUGGGUUAAAAUUGCUUCCGAAAUGGAUAGAAGAAGUGAUGUCCAAUGCAGAUAUAGAUAUAAGCAAUUGGUUGGAGGCAAGGAUGAUGCAGCUUCUUCACCACCUCAGCCGAAAUCUCAUGCUCCAAAAGAAAUUCAACCGCCACCAGUUCCAGUUAAACAAACGGAGUCAAAUACAGAUCAGUUUUCAUCCUCAGUCCCUCCUCAUCUCCAAAUGCUUAAUUUACUCCCUCAACAAUCUAGAACUAUUCCAUCUUUCAAUCCUAGCCCACAACCUCCUCAACAAGUAGAACUUAACCAAUUCCAGAAGAUUCCUAUUCCAACGACUAUUAGUACUAUGCAAUCUUUACCAAUUAAUCCAAUGCCGUCACAGAUUCCAAAUGUUCGGGCACAACUACCAACAAUUCAGGCUCUUCAGAUGCCAAGAUUCGAUCAAAUACCACUCGCACGCCCACAACCAACUCCUUCUGACCAGAAAGGAAAUAUUAAUUUAGAUGCACCAAUUUUGUUAAGAAGUUCAACUGAUUUCUUCUGUAAAUCAGAUCAGUUGUUUGAUUCAUCAUUCUGGACUACUUAA